CCGGGUUUAUAAAAGUUGUCAACAGUUUGCUAAAUAGAAAAACAUGUAGCUAGAUACUGAGACCAGAACCGUUCUUUUAUAGCUGAAUGAGAAAACUACCCGUCUUUUUCCAGCAGAGACAGAGAGACGGGGGAAGGAGUGACUGAAGACAGACGGCGCCGCUGCGGAAAGCAGAAGUAGUUAGUUACAGUAGUUAACUAGCGAGCCAGAAUGUUUAGCUACUGUAGCUAGUUAGGUAACUUGUAUUGUGAUAAGUAUAAGUACCAGGCCAGCUAAAAACGGGCUGGUGUGUGUAAUAAGUCCAGCCUGCUCUCCCUCUCCGCGGCUACACUACUGAUGCCGGUCUCGGCCGGGGAUCCAUGGAAGAGCUGCUAGCACAGGACGGAACAAGGAACGGGACUGCAACCGAGGCUCACCCCUCUGCCCAUCUCUCUGGUCCAACGGGAUAUUAAUUACCGUGGGGUGAGCCUGGAAACGGGAGUUACGGCCGACCGACCGAGCGGCGAUGGGGUCAGAAGUACUUUUCCAACUUUUUCUACAACUUUUAUGAAAAGUCUUAUAAUAAAGUUGAGAUUUAUUUAUACCUACAUCAAACUGGUUAAGGUUAUACAGUGUGUUUGUCCGGCAGUGAUGAGAUACCAUCUCUAGAUGUUCGACAGACACGGUUGGAACUCCUGGAACCCGCAACAGAAUCCGGGUAGAGAUCCAGGACAAGAUGAGUGGGGGGAAGAAGAGGAGUGGCUUCCAGAUUACUAGUGUGACAUCAGACUACACGCAGAGCUCUGGGGAAGCCCCACCCAAUGUUCAGGCCUCUAGCCAAUCAAAUCCCUCCCUUCAGUCCUCCAGCCAAUCCACUGAUUCCUCCCAGCCUGGCCUCUCCCACCAGCAGGGAAGUUUCUCCCAGCCGACGACUCCCCUCUCUCUGAGGAAAUCCAACUCGCAAGAUGCUGUGGGGCAGGGGUCCAGGUUUCGAGUUGUCAGAUUGGGCCAGGGCCAUGGAGGACCCUAUUGCCGGGGGCGGUGGACCUGUACGGACUUUUUGGAACGAGAGGAAGGGGUGGGGCCUAGAUGGGUGAUGGACAGUAUGAGACACGCCCACUCCCUGGAGUCCCUGGAGGGGAUUGGUCUACAGGGGGCUGGGGGAGGGGCUGGAGGCGAGCUGCUGGGGCACGUGCGCACUCUCAGGACAGGACACCUUGUUCACUCUCAGGAUACCUCCCACUUGCUGGCCCAGCCAAUAGGGUCAGAUGGGGAGGGGUUUGGAGGGCUGAAGCCUCUCCUCCACAGCGACCCGCCCAACCCCACACACCUGGAAAGAUUCAACUUGCGAGUGGUCGACUCCAUGCCCCCCUGCCCAGCCCCCGCCCACGGAACAUCCCACCCCCUCUACGCCUGGAUGUGGACGCUACCGGGAGGUCUCUUUUGAGAGUGUCUCAUUCCCAGCCCAGCUCCCCUGGGCCCCCCCUACAGGGUAGAGAUGGUACUUUCCUACCCAGUCUGAUUCCCAUCCAGACUUCUUCGGCCUGGUCCAUGUUCAGCUCCGGGGAGGCUGUCCAUCUGCCAGGGGACGACAGGGAGGGAGAGAAUCCCGUCCCAGACCAUGACGGACCCUCCACCUCCAAAUCGAUCCCGCUCCAGAGUACAGGCCUCGGCGUAACGCUCAUUCCUUCAACGAUAAACGUGAAUCCAACCAUCACACCUGUGGGUCGAGCAGCAGCAUGAUCGCAAUCGACAACAAGAUAGAGCAAGCCAUGGACCUUGUAAAGACCCACCUGAUGCUGGCGGUCAGAGAGGAAGUGGAGUUGCUAUGGGAACAGAUUAAAGAACUAUCAGAAAGGAACGCCCAGCUGGAGAGAGAGAACUAUAUCCUGAGAACUCUGAGAGACAGAGACUGACACAGCAACAAAAUGUUACACUCCUCUCAUGAUCGUUGUUUAAAUUAGUAAUACCUGUAACAUAACUGAUGAGUGAUUCUGUCCAACGGCAGAAAACAAUAAUAAAUAACUGUGACUAAAGAGUA